UGAGCUCUUCCUCUGCUGUCCGCUCUUACCUGAGAAUCUCAUCUUUUUCCCUCUUUUAGCGUGGUCAAGGAUCGCCCCCCAUGCCCAGCCAAGACGCAGGAGACGAGAUGCCCAUUGCCAAACCCAAGAAGAAGAAAGCCAAAAAGGAAGUCAUUGAAGUGGAUGACCCUGAGGAGAAGAGUGCGGAGGACGGGCUGGAGAUGGAGGGCUUGUCCAGCCGGCGUGAGUCGGAGAGCAGGGAGCCGCUGACCCCAGAGCCGCCCCCCAGUCCACCGCAGAAGAAGAAGAAGAAAAAGAAAGCACAGAAUAUCGAGCUGGAGCUGGACCAGAUGGAGCUGGCCAACGGAGACAUGGCUGACCAGCAGGUGGACGGAGAGGAGGUCACCAAGAAAACCAAGAGGAGGAAGAAGCCGAAGGCGGUGGAGAUGCAGUUCCAUAACGAGUUGACGGUGGAGGACGAGGAGCUGUCGGACCCGCACGGGUCCAUCCCCCAGCGCUCCCUCUUCUCCGCCCCCAUGGGCCCCGGCUUCCCCAUGGGCAAGGUGUUCGUGGAGAGGAACCGUCAGUUUGGCGCUGGUGAGCGUCUGGACUUCCCCCGCCCCAGCCUGCAGCUGGAUGAGUUCAUGGAGGUCAGGACCAUGUGGUCCACGCGGGACGUGGCCAUGAGGGUGCACAGCGGCUUCAGGAUCAUGGGUCUGUUCUCCCACGGGUUCCUGGCUGGCUACGCGGUGUGGAACAUCAUCGUGGUGUACGUGUUGGCAGGGGAGCAGCUCACCACCCUCCCCAACCUGCUGCAGCAGUACCACCCCCUGGCCUACCCUGCCCAGUCCCUACUCUACCUGCUGCUAGCCAUCAGCACUGUGUCUGCUUUCGACAGGGUGAAUCUGGCCAAGGCCUCCAUGGCCCUGAGGGGACUGCUCACCAUGGACCCAGCAGCCCUGGCCUCCCUCUUGUACUUUGCAGCUCUCAUCUUGACUCUGAGUCAGCAGAUGACCAGUGAUCGCAUCCAUCUCUACCCUACUGGCAACCAGACACUCUGGCCCCCUGGUUCGGAGCAGCAGCUGCUGAAGCCCUGGAUUGUGGUGAACCUGGUGGUGGCUCUGCUGGUGGGGUUGGCCUGGGUCUUCAUCUCCACACGGCCCGACAUGGACUACACAGAAGAGUUCCUGAUGGCGAUGGAGGUGGAGGACUACAGGCAUGAUGACAAACUGGACAUCCCCACCUGAAGCCACCACUCUGAUUAUUUUGUACAGAUGACAGAUGCCAAUAGAUUGUAACAGUGGGUAUUUUUUUAUUAACAGAAAUAAAGAUCAAAUAA